AUGAGUUUGAAUCGAUCUGGUCGGUCGUCGAGUCAACCUUCUCUUCACGCUGGAAUGAUGGACGCGGGCCACUAUCAAACGUGGGACAAGCAUGCCCUCGACUUCGGCAAGAAGGCGCCGACGUUGGAGAAGAUGGUCAUGCGGGUGAUCGAAACUGUCCAGCCUGUCCUGUACGACCACUUUGUGACGAUGCCGACAAUGACGGACCUGUGGGACAAGGGCACCGUGUUCCGCACCUACCCGUACGCCAAGGAUGCGACCGAUGUCAAGUUCCAGCCUGCAAACCGUCCAACUGGUCGUUUCGGAGAGCAAAAACACUACUUCAGUGGUAAGCACAAAUUGUACGGGCUGAAGAUCGAGGCGUCUGUCUCACCCGAAGGACUCCUUGUUGCCAUGAUCGCCCACGAACCCGGCUCAGUGUCCGACCUUACCGUGUUUGCGACCGCCACGACGUCCACCUGUCUGCCCUACGCAAACUUUCCUGAGUCGUGGGCGGUACUCGUGGACAAGGGAUAUGUUGGGUUGACGGGGAUGACGCGAGCCAUCCACCCCAAGAAGCGACCGGUGCAUGGCGUUCUUUACCGGGCCGACGUCGAGUGCAACACCAACGUGUCGUCGGACCGGGUCAUCGUCGAGAACUUCUUCGGCCGAUAUCGUACUUCAACCAUUGUGUGGGGGACCAAGUGCUACGAUUCAAUCCAACGACUCACCUUUGCGCUGACGAACUUCCACUUGGCCUUGAUGCCGCUCCGCCAAGACGACUGCCACCAAUACCGUGCUGUUUUGGCUCGCUACCGGCGUAUGGCGGAGGAGAACAAUGCCAAGCGUGCGGCCAUCCAGCGUCGCUACGUCGCCAAGUAG